GAGCAUGCGCAUGUUUCGAAAAUCUUACAGUCUUUCACGCUUGAACCAAGAUGUCCACACAUAAGAAGAAGACAAGGAAGCUCCGUGGACAUGUGAGCCAUGGACAUGGACGUAUUGGCAAACACAGAAAGCAUCCUGGUGGUCGUGGUAACGCUGGUGGUAUGCACCACCAUCGUAUCAACUUUGACAAAUACCAUCCUGGUUACUUUGGAAAACUUGGUAUGAGGAAUUACCAUUUACGCAGGAAUAGCAAGUGGUGUCCAACCCUCAACCUCGACAAACUUUGGACCUUGGUUUCAGAGCAAACUAGGCUAAAAUACAAAGAUGCCAAGCCUGAUGCUAAAGUACCAGUCAUCGAUCUUGUUAAGGCUGGAUACUACAAGCUUUUGGGUAAAGGGAGGUUACCGAAGCAACCAGUUAUUGUUAAGGCCAAGUUCUUUAGCAAAUCAGCAGAAGACAAGAUCAAGGCUGUUGGUGGAACUUGUGUGUUGAGCGCAUAAAUAUUUAGAGAACUAUAUCUUUCCCAAGCUGGAUGUACAAACAAUACCACUGUACAAUUUUUAAUAAUAAAAAGGACGAAAAAAAUCUCAAA